AUGGAAGUUAACCUUUCCUCCUUUGUUAUUCCCUUCCUUCUCUUCUUAAUAUCUCAUUUGCUUGCAAAAUAUUACAAACAAAAAACCUUAGCUUACAAAUUACCCCCUGGUCCUAUGAAGUUACCACUCAUUGGUAACCUUCAUCAAAUAGCAGCAUUAGGAUCACUUCCACAUCGUGCUUUUCAACAACUUGCUCAUAAAUAUGGACCUAUUGUUCAUCUAAAACUUGGUGAAAUUUCAACCGUAGUUAUAACCUCACCAAAAUUAGCAAAAGAAAUAUUAAAAACUCAUGAUGUUGUUUUUGCUAAUAGGCCACAUAUUCAAGCAGCUGAUGUUAUAGCAUAUGGUUCAAUAGAUAUUGCAUUUUCUCCAUAUGGUGAUUAUUGGAGACAAAUGAGAAAAAUAUGUAUGUUAGAGCUUCUAAGCAACAAAAGAGUUCAAUCUUUUGCUUAUAUUAGAGAAGACGAGACCAAAAAUUUUAUAAAAUCAAUUCAGUCAUCAGAAGGGUCGCCAGUAAAUCUCACUAACAGAAUUUUUUCGUUAGUGAGUUCUACUGUUUCGAGAUCCGCUUUUGGUGACAAAUCAGAAGACCAAGAUGAAUUUGUUACCGUGAUAAGAAAAGCUAUAGAAUCUGUUGGAGGACUUGAACCUGCUGAUUUAUUUCCUUCAAUGAAGUUCAUAAUAAAUGUGCUAACCGGCGCGAAAUCGCAGUUGGAGAAAGUGCAUAAAAAUGCUGACAAAAUAUUGGAAAUAAUUGUUAAGAAGCAUCAAGAGAAGAAAAAAAGAGCAAAAGAAGAGCCUGAAGAUCUUGUUGAUGUUCUUUUGAGAAUCCAACAAGAUGGAAGCCUUGAUAUUCCUAUUACAACAAGCAAUAUAAAAGCUGUGAUUUUUGACGUAUUUGCAGCUGGAACUGACACUACAACAUCAACAAUAGUAUGGGCCAUGUCAGAACUAAUGAAAAAUCCAAGUGUGAUGAAGAAAGCACAAUCUGAAUUAAGAGAAGCAUGUAAAGGAAAACAAAUAAUAUCUGAAACUGAUAUACAAGAUCUUCCAUACCUAAAACUAGUGAUAAAAGAAACCUUAAGACUACACUCACCAACUCCUCUAUUACUCCCUAGAGAGUCCACUGAGUCAACCAACAUUGAUGGAUAUCAUAUACCAAAAAAAACUAAAGUAAUGGUAAAUGUUUGGGCUAUGGCAAGAGAUCCUCAAUAUUGGACUGAUGCUGAAAGUUUUAUUCCAGAGAGAUUUGAUGGUAAUUCUAUUGAUUACAAAGGGAAUAAUUUUGAGUAUCUUCCUUUUGGAGCAGGAAGAAGAAUAUGUCCUGGUUUAUCAUUUGGUAUUGCUGGUAUUAUGCUUUCAUUGGCACUAUUACUCUAUCAUUUUAAUUGGGAAUUACCAAAUGAUAUGAAACAUGAGGAUUUGGAUAUGACUGAACAUUAUGGAUUGGCUAUUGGAAGAAAAAGUGAGUUGUGUUUGAUUCCUACUGUUUAUGCAUGA